GAAGCAGAGCAUGAGCCAACUUACCCCCUCGCCCUGUCCCAUCGAGCACUUGUCUUCUUCACACUCAAUUAUCUUCGAAAUCUGGCUCCGUGGUCGAAGCCGCCCGUCCCCUCCCCACCCCACCCACCGUUUCAAACACCGCCCUCCGCGGUUAAUUCUCCCACCUGAUAACUAGGUACAACAGGUUCCUCAAUAUGGUGGACAGACCGGUGCCCCAACCGGGACCAGCACGCCUAAAACGGAGUGCCGGCCCAGAUGAAUGGCUGGAAGCUGCCAAGGAUUGUAAAUACCUCUCCGAGCACCAUAUGAAGCAGCUGUGCGAGAUCGUCAAGGAAUACAUGAUGGAAGAAUCCAACAUCCAGCCCGUCUCUAGCCCUGUAACCAUAUGCGGUGAUAUCCACGGCCAGUUCUACGACCUUCUCGAGCUGUUCCGCGUUGCUGGCGGCAUGCCCGGUGAACCUAGCACCGAAGGCCCUUCCUCGCCGCCCGCCGUCAUAACAUCAGAUGAUAUCGAACCUCCCUCUGUUAUCACAGACCCGAAACUACGUAAGAAGAUAAGGCUAAGUCCGCAACAAGAAGACCAAGACCAAGAAGAGGUCUGCAAUAACGAGGCGGAGAAAAUUGAGCGCGGCAGAGACACAGACGGUUCUCCCACCGGAAACUUCAUCUUUUUGGGUGACUAUGUUGAUCGGGGUUAUUUCAGCCUUGAAACCCUUACGUUGCUUCUUUGUUUAAAGGCAAAAUACCCUGAGAAGAUCACGCUCGUUCGAGGCAACCAUGAAUCCCGCCAGAUCACUCAGGUUUAUGGAUUCUACGAAGAGUGCGUUCAAAAGUAUGGAAAUGCGUCGGUAUGGAAGGCCUGCUGCCAGGUCUUCGACUUUAUGACUCUUGGUGCCAUUGUGGACGGCAAGGUACUCUGUGUUCAUGGUGGACUCAGUCCGGAAAUCCGCACCCUUGACCAGGUGAGAAUAGUCGCUAGAGCUCAAGAGAUCCCCCACGAGGGUGCGUUCUGUGAUUUGGUCUGGUCGGACCCCGACGAAGAGCCAUCAACAACGUGGGCCGUCAGCCCAAGAGGUGCAGGUUGGCUGUUCGGAAGCAAGGUAGCCGAUGAAUUUUGUGAGGUUAACGACCUUACCCUAAUAGCUCGGGCCCAUCAACUUGUCAAUGAAGGUUACAAGUAUCACUUCAACAAUCAAAAUAUGGUGACGGUCUGGAGCGCUCCCAAUUAUUGCUACCGAUGUGCAAACAUGGCGUCGGUCUGCGAAAUCCGGGAAGACCUUAAACCCACCUUCAAGUUAUUCGCCGCCGUGCCAGCAGACCAGAGACACGUUCCCCAGUCGAGACCCGUAAAGACGGAAUAUUUCCUUUGAUCUGACAUACAGCUCAACGCCCUUCAAGCAAGGAUGGGCCAUACAUUCGGCAUCCAUCUUCUUGCGUCCGUUUUUAGGGUCUAUAUAUGCCUUGGGCUUCGAAAACCCGAGCUUCCCAGAGGUCUCAGGCGAAUGCAUUUCCAGCCUCUAGGUAUGUGUGUUUUGGCGUGACCCUCGGAAUUGAUUCCGGUUUUUCACGGAAAUAUUUCACUCUGGGUUUGAGCGCAUGUAACGGUCGACUAUAUCCGACCAUCAGCGCACCAAAACUGUAUCAAUACCUCGAUCUUAUAGGCAACUUCUCCCUAACCGAUCAGCCAAACUCCCCUAACGCCAUUCCUAAAUAGACAGGAAUCGGUGUCCGCAAGGCAUGCUUCAGAAGAGUAUUUUGGUGGCGGUGUAGCACAUCUACCCCUGGGAGACAGCAUAGAGAUAAGCAGCCUAUCUCAUCGGGAAUUUCCUUGCUCCCAAAGUAGGGCGAAUCUCCACGGAUAACGUUUGCUAAGUGUUUUAUGGGAGUGGAUACUCCUUGUUGAUUGCUCGGCGGAGACCUGGAUUGCUGCUUACCGCUGGCGCUAUAACCGACGGUGCAAGGUUGGGCUUCCAGCUCUAGCGAAAAUAGGGAAUCAUCCCGUUGUUGUAUAACUAGCGUUCCCGCCAUAUCAGUGCUUAGUUA